CGCCCCCGCCUCGCGGAGCCGCGCGCCAUAAACCGUUCCUGCAGAGCGUGUUUGUGCAGUUCUCUGAACCCCGCUCGCACGUGGAGGAAACACACGCACCCCAAACAGCCCGCCCCGGGACCGCUCUGUCUGCGACUUCAGCGCGAAUCCUGCUCCCGGUGCCCCUCGCCCCGGGGCGGGCUCCCGGGCUGGGGGGCCUCGUGCGCCCCGAGAAGACGCUUGCCCGCCCCGCCCCGCCCGGCGUGUGCUUGAUGUUGCGUGGGGGCGCGCAGGUGCGGAGGGCCGGCGAGCGACCCUGCCCAGCACGUCGCCCCCCACGAAGUCGGUAAUGUAGCGCCCCCGGGAUGGUUCCAGUCCGCCUGGUCGCACGACGACGUCUGCACGCACCCCGGGGCGGCUCCGGGGCAGUCUCCGUGGGACUGCCGCCAGGUGCGGGUGACCUGCAGCCUAGGAUGCCGUCCGGGCUCCCGCAGAACGCACGGUAGCAAGUGCACAUGGUUGACUGGGGGCCGCGAGCCGGGUCCGGAGGCUCUGUCCCCGCGGGCCAUUGUGUCCCCCUGCCUGCUCUCCCCGCGCCUGGGAGAGCGUGAUUGUCUUGUCCAGCCUCCUGACAGAUCUUGCUCCCGGCUUUUACCAGGAUACACGCCUUAAAACGAGUAGGAACCACGGAAAAAGUUAUCCAAAGGCCGUUUUUAGUUAAGUGGAACUCUCUACGCCGUCCGUUUAACCUCUUUUUUCAGCAGAUAUUGCAGAACGUGGGAAAUGUGGUCACUGAAAUGCCUUUUGUUAACUUCCUUGGGUAGCUAGCAGGUGAUCAAUGGCUACUGGAGGUAACCUGUAGGCUUAACGUGCCCCUGAACCUUGAAAUGAUGAAGACCCGCACACUUCUCCGUUUCUGAUAAUAGUUGCCAAUUGUGUUGCUUAACAUGGCUACCAGUAUGUUAGUUAAAUGUUUCCUUCACUAUGCUACCUUUUUUUUUUUCUUUUUGUAUGCUGUAACAACCAGGAUUCACAAACUUUGGAUGUGGAGGUUUUACAAUUUCUACUCUAGUACAGAUAAGCUAUAUGUAGUUGGGUUAAAAUAAUAAACUCCUUGAGAUUCUUGCCCGAGGGCAGGGGGCAACAAACCAAACCAAACCAUUCUGGAAAGAGCAGCUCAUGGAAGGGGGAGGGUGGGCUCCAUGGUCUUAGGUAGAAUAUUGUAACAAAAGUUGUACGGAGAUGAGCCUUGACCUAAAUAAAGUAAGAUUAAACAGCAGCAGAAACUCCACUUUUUGUUAAGAACUUAUGUUUGAGUAGACUGUAAAUGUGUCACAAAGACAGGUUUUGGGUAAUUUUGUUUGCUCUCAACUUGAGGAGGUUGGAUUCUAGAAUAGGACAUGUAAUUUGGGGUUUAUUAACGUGAAGCGCCACUUUGAAGGCCCUGGGGCGGGCGCAGUGCUGCCCCAAGCAGUUCCUUCUGCUGCAGGGGCUGUUAGGAACCCUCCCUUGUAAGUUGCACAUCCCUCCGGGUCUAGAUUGGUCCUGUAUUUUGUCGUCUUCCCCUUUCCCCAAGUCCUCUGUGUCUGGGAGGCGAGGAAACACGCUAUGAUGGACAGCUUUUAUCAUGGCAGACCCAGAAGCGGCUGCUGUGGUUAACUCCGCUUCUUGGGCUGCUGUGUGUUCUGUGAUACUCUAGAAGCCUGCAGAGCAUUCGUAGUCUCCGGAAGGUGGUCCCUCUCCCUGUCCUCAUCCCCCUUGUUUUAUUUUCUUUGACCUCUAGCUUGACUCAUUAAAAUUGAGCUUACAGAGUUUCUAAAUAUAAAAUGCGGACACUAUGUUGAGGCUCUCGAAGCACUUGGCAUUGUAAUAGAGUCCCUUAGUGGAGUCCCGUUUGAGAGUGGAGUUAGAGAGCCGGCCUGACCGAAGUGUACAAUUGUGUGUCUGUCAGUCUGUCCCUGGGAGUUGAUGAUGCGUCUGCUUUGGUUGUACUGCCAAGUCUGCAUUUCUGUUUAUGUAGACACCAGCCUUCCCAAGAAGACCUUUAUUUCAGGUAUUGUAUGGCUCGAAUUUUAAUGUGUGAAUAUAAAAAAGUUACCAUUUCUGUGUUCUCCCUACUUCAGGACAAAAAGUAGGUAUGUAUGGCUAAAUGCAGCGUUGUGACACAGUGUGUGAUCAGUGUGGUGACUCCAGGCCUUUGAAGAGGACGGUGAUUACAGUCUUUGCUUAGACCAGUCUUAGACCAAGCUUAUAGAAGAAUCUCCAGGAUGAAAACAUUUGAAAGUCCUGUUGCGCCUCUGUCAGAUAGCACUGGAAGAGGUUCUGUUCCUAUCUGCAAAAGAUGGUUUUCAAAGGCACAAUGUGGAAGGCCGUAGAUGCAGAGGAAAGACCAAAGCCGCAGAGUCCCAGGCAGUCUCGUCUCAACAACUGAAACAGAAACGGAUUGCCUGUGAGAUGGGUUGGUACAGUAGGCUUCACUAGACUUAGCUGCAACUCAGAAUUUCUCCUCCAGCACCUGAGUAAAUGCUGAUGGUCUUGUGGAGAGUGGAUUAAGAGUACGAGCUAAGUUCUCGAUCCCAAUUAAGAAGCGGAGGAAAAUUUAAACUGUCUCCUUCAAAGUUUAUCACAACCACCACCAUCGAGACAGCAAACCAAAGGACAAAGACUUUGACCUGCUGUAUUGCUCUGUGUAGUCCAGUGCACGUGUGGUUCACAGACUUGGCUGGGGUUACUAAUAAUUAAUAAAAAGUUGGACACUUCUGUCAUUGGACACUUACAAGUUACCAGAAUGAGGGCUGUACUGGAGACAGCAGACAUUGCCAUAGUGGCCCUGUAUUUUAUCCUGGUCAUGUGCAUUGGUUUUUUUGCCAUGUGGAAAUCUAAUAGAAGCACCGUAAGUGGAUACUUCCUGGCGGGGCGCUCUAUGACCUGGGUAGCAAUUGGUGCCUCUCUAUUUGUGAGCAAUAUUGGGAGUGAGCACUUCAUUGGGCUGGCAGGAUCUGGAGCUGCAAGUGGAUUUGCAGUGGGCGCAUGGGAAUUCAAUGCCUUACUGCUUUUGCAACUUCUGGGAUGGGUUUUCAUCCCGAUUUACAUCCGGUCAGGGGUAUACACCAUGCCUGAAUACUUGUCCAAGCGAUUUGGUGGCCAUAGGAUUCAGGUCUAUUUUGCAGCCUUGUCUCUGCUUCUCUAUAUCUUCACCAAGCUCUCAGUGGAUCUGUAUUCAGGUGCCCUCUUUAUCCAGGAGUCUUUGGGUUGGAACCUUUAUGUGUCUGUCAUCCUGCUCAUUGGCAUGACCGCUCUGCUGACCGUCACCGGAGGCCUUGUGGCAGUGAUCUACACAGAUACUCUGCAGGCUCUGCUCAUGAUCGUGGGGGCCCUCACACUUAUGGUUAUUAGCAUGAUGGAGGUUGGCGGGUUUGAGGAAGUUAAGAGACGGUACAUGUUGGCCGCACCCAACGUCACCUCCAUCUUGUUGACAUACAACCUUUCCAACACGAAUUCUUGUAAUGUCCAACCUAAGAAAGACGCCUUGAAGAUGUUGCGGAAUCCAACAGAUGAAGAUGUUCCGUGGCCUGGAUUCAUUCUUGGGCAGACCCCAGCCUCAGUGUGGUAUUGGUGUGCUGACCAAGUCAUCGUGCAGAGGGUCUUAGCUGCCAAAAACAUUGCUCAUGCCAAAGGCUCUACUCUUAUGGCUGGCUUCUUGAAGCUUCUGCCAAUGUUUAUCAUAGUGGUCCCAGGAAUGAUUUCCAGGAUACUGUUUGCUGAUGACCUAGCUUGCAUCAACCCGGAGCACUGCAUGCAGGUGUGUGGGAGCCGAGCUGGGUGUUCCAAUAUUGCUUACCCACACCUGGUGAUGAAGCUGGUUCCCGUGGGCCUUCGGGGCUUGAUGAUGGCGGUGAUGAUUGCAGCGCUAAUGAGCGACCUGGACUCCAUCUUUAACAGUGCCAGUACCAUAUUCACCCUCGACGUGUACAAACUCAUCCGCAAGAGCGCCAGUUCUCGGGAGCUAAUGAUCGUGGGGAGGAUAUUUGUGGCUUUUAUGGUGGUUAUCAGCAUAGCGUGGGUGCCAAUCAUCGUGGAAAUGCAAGGAGGCCAGAUGUACCUUUACAUUCAGGAGGUAGCAGAUUACCUGACGCCGCCAGUGGCAGCCCUGUUUCUUCUGGCAAUUUUCUGGAAGCGUUGCAAUGAGCAAGGGGCUUUCUAUGGCGGAAUGGCUGGAUUUGUUCUUGGAGCAGUCCGUUUGGUACUGGCCUUUACGUACCGCGCCCCGGAGUGCGACCAGCCUGAUAACAGACCUGGUUUCAUCAAAGACAUCCACUAUAUGUAUGUGGCCACAGCAUUGUUUUGGGUCACAGGACUCAUUACUGUAAUUGUUAGCCUUCUUACCCCACCUCCCACAAAGGAACAGAUUCGCACCACCACCUUUUGGUCUAAGAAGAGCCUGGUGGUGAAGGAGAGCUGCUCUCCCAAAGAUGAACCAUACAAAAUGCAAGAGAAGAGCAUUCUGCGGGCCAGCGAGAACAGCGAGGCCAUCAACCACAUCAUUCCCAACGGGAAAUCUGAGGACAGCAUCAAAGGCCUUCAGCCCGAAGACGUCAAUCUGUUGGUGACCUGCCGAGAGGAGGGCAACCCGGUGGCUUCCCUGGGCCACUCAGAGGCAGAGACGCCAGUGGAUGCGUACUCCAAUGGGCAAGCAGCUCUCAUGGGUGAGAAGGAGAGAAAGAAAGAAAUGGAAGAUGGAAGCCGCUACUGGAAGUUCAUAGACUGGUUUUGCGGCUUUAAAAGUAAGAGUCUCAGCAAGAGGAGUCUCAGAGACCUUAUGGAGGAGGAAGCUGUUUGUUUACAAAUGUUAGAAGAGACUCCACAAGUUAAGCUAAUACUGAAUAUUGGACUUUUUGCUGUGUGUUCACUUGGAAUUUUCAUGUUUGUUUAUUUCUCCUUAUGAACUUGAGAUAUGUUGAGACACUUAAGAGAAUACUGGUCUUUGGAAAAAAAUUCUGUAACUGUUGCAUCUCUCAGGCAUUGUUUACGCUGUAGGUUUUAGCCAAAUUUUAUUUAGCAGAAAAUCAUCCAUUUGCAAGACUUUAUUUUUCCCAGAGAUGGAUGGAAGUAAAUCUUCAACUUAAAUGAAGCAGAACAUGUUUAACAGACUGACUUGUGCAAAUGUGGUUCAAAAUUUUCCAUACCAAAGUAAGGAAAGACUAAUUAUUCUCACAGGUCUCUGAGGCAGAAUCAAUGUUAAGAUACCGUGAAUAAGGUACACUGUUUGCACUGCCGAGUCUUGGUAGACUUUGUGCUGAAGUAGAAGAUUUGCUCGUUUCUAAGUUUUUUUUUCUGUCUCUGUAACCCCUACUCACAAACAAGAGCCAAUUCUUAGACCUUGUACAAUCAGUUAUGUCCUGAAAAUCUGAUGUGCUUGUGUUGUACUUGUUUCAGGACAGUUUGCCACGUUCAUUUUGUUAGCAUGAGUCUAUGAACUCUGAUUGCCAAAAGAAAGAAUGUUUUCCUGUAGGUAUUUUUGUACCCUCUGUAUAUAAAAUGUUGGGGAAAAACGUCGUUCCAGUUCUGUUCCCCCCCCAUUUUUUCCUGCUCUAAAGUGUAAGUGAACCAUAUUGAAAUGACCAUAUCUGCCUGUGAAGUUACAUGUCAUAUUUGUAUUGUUAAAUGGUUAUGGGUUGGGGGGGUGAAUGAAGUGAGCGUUGCUGAUGAUCCCUACAUAUGUUGACCAAAUUCAGUUUGUUACGGUUUGGGAAUUACCAGCCUCCCAGGCAGUGUUUGAUUAACUUAUACUAAACAUACUGCUCACACUCCAUAAUUUUCCAGCUUUGUUCUUGUCAGUUGGUAGCAUUCUUUAAUAGCUUUCCCCAAUGGAUCCAAUUGGAAGAUACGUUCAGAAUGUAAAAGUUGACACUGCCUGUGUGUGCUGGGCUGCCCCUGUUGGUUAGAUCAUGAUACUUUGCAGUGGUUUUUAGAAGGCAGGUUUUAAUUUGAGACCAUAUUGUAUCCUUGACACUUUUUGUUUGUAAUCAAGACUUGCCAUCUGUACACAACCUCAACAUUUGUAUUGUUACAGUGACUUAGAGCAUGAGGAUGUUUCAGUGCAAAUGGGCCAUCAGUAUCAGGAAAUUCAAGAGUGCAUGCUUCCAUUGGUGGGUUGACAGUAAAUCUUUCUGUAGGAUGGAUAGCAUGUUCAGAAUGUGCCACGAACAAGAACUUUUGGGUUUAGUAGUGUGUCUUACAGUAGAUGUUACAGGAUGUUCAUAAUCUUAGGACUCUUAUCUUGACAUGGUUUGGGUACCCAGUUGCAGUGUCCAUGGUGGGAGUCUUAUUUUUCACAGGCUGUUUCCCCUUAAUGAGGACAGGGCAGGGUACAAAAGACGUUAGAAAAAAGCUCUCCAGAUUGUGUAGUUUGUGUCUGUCUGUGUUUUGUUCUUUGUCCUCCUUAAAAGAUGAAGGAAGCUAAUUAUGUAUUUACUUUCUUUGACUUUGUUUAAUCUCUGAUACUUUUUAAAUUGCAUGAAUUUAUUAAGGUUGUAUUCUUUAGGGGGAAUUACUUUUAUAGAUACUUUUGUAGAUUUUGAAUCAAAACUCAGUCCUGAUGACUUUAAAUUCUUUUGUAGUCUAUGAACUGGUUUCAUUAUGAUGGACUUGGUUAGUCCAAAGUUGAUUUUAGAAAUUAUCAGGUAAUUUAACGUCUUCCUGUCUUCAGGAGGCUUUCUGAUGGACUGAGUCUAUUGAUGGAAAAAUAAUUCAUGUAUGGAUAGUAUGUAAUUCUGAAGAGCUUAGAGUGCCUUGUUGAAUUUUUUUCUCAAUUUCAUUCUUGAGGUUUAUAACCUGGGGACCAAAUAGAUAAGGGACCAUCCUUGUCUUGUGUGGAGGUUAAGGCUGUGACAAGUCCAAGGUUAUAACAUCCUUUGGGGGACAAUGGAAACCAGACUUCCAAAUCUGGACACCUGGUUUGUCCAAUGUCUGGACAAAUGAUUUGUCCUGUUUUUUUGUUUUUGUUUUUUGUUUUCUCAAAGAAACUCUUCUUUGAAACAAUCCUUUGUAGGAUCUUGGAUUUUCCAAAUUGGCACUAAGUUGAAGGAAUUAAAUUCUUUUGGACUCCGAACACGUUGCUAUGUAAUUCAGUGAGAACAGACAUAUUGGCUGGGCAGCCUUCCUGUUCCUUCUGUUUACAGCGUAAGUGAAUAGGAGGCGUGUGUGUAGAUUUUCCCCCCUUUAUUUAAUGUUGAGCCCUAAUAGUUUGGAAUCUUAUAGUUCCCCCAUCUUCUGUCUGCUGUUGUCUUAGUAAAUACGUAGGAUACAUUGUGUUGUCUGUCUGUGUAUAUAGCAGUUGGUCAGAUUGGGAGUACUAAUGUCUGUAAAUAAGGAAUGACUAUUAGCAUAUCCAUUAGAGUUGUUUGUUCUUGCCAGUAUCAACAUCACUUUAUUUAGACUGAAGUCUCUGAAGCUUGUCCUUCCUGCUUCCCAGUACUAGAUAACGCGCUUGAGUAAGUUUGGAUUUCUGGUUGCCACUGCUUUUCAGAGGACCAGUCUUCAGUGUGUAUUUCAUUAGAGUGAGUGUUCCUGGGAUGCUGCGUGGACUGCGAUAAGCUAGCACAUUGCUCAUACUGUACACUGACUAGAUGAGUCCCAAAUAGUGACAUUGAUCUCAAGACAUUAACGUGUGUAUCUUUAUAUUAAAGUUCAAGCUAAGGUUCAGAAUUGACUGAGAGUGACACUGACUUGAAUGGUAGCUGAAAGUCAAAAUAAGAGGAGGAUACUGGUCUUCCGAGGCAGGAGAAACACUGUCUUAUCAGCUGUUAGUGGUGUUCCCGGUUCUUAGACUUCUGUCUUCUCAGGUGAUCUUAGUCUGAAGAUGUGAUCAGAAGGGCUUAUUACACUGGUAAGCAGAAUGACUGUUGACUUUUCUAUGGGACCUCUAAUUUCUCUGAUCAUCUCAGAAGAUACUGUCCUGUUCCCUUAAACAGCCGAGCUGAUCUCUUCCCCAGUUCUGCUUUGCUGGGAGUUACUGCGUUUGUCUCUAGAUAGAGAGGAUCGUGAAGCAAUAGCCAUGGUGCUGUGUUCUUUGGCGUACAUUCAGUAGAUCUGAUUCACCCAGGCUUCCUUUUCACUUUGCUCAGAGGAUCCAUUGUCUUUUUGCACUGAGGCUGGCCAGGAUCAUGUAGGUGCUUAAGGAUGGAACCCCAAGAAGUUAACAGAGACCCUCACUCUGAUACUUCACAUUUUAAGAAUUGGAUUGGAGGGUUGUGCUUCAGGUCUCUAACCAGAGGCCCAGGGGAUUAAAAGUCUUGUCCCAGGCCUUUUAGAAUCUUUUUGUUUUGUUUUGUUUUUGUUUUCCCCCCAAUGUUCCCUCGUUUGCAGUCCAUGGUUUUUUUUUUCUCCAUUGGGUAUAUGGAUCUUUCCAGAGAUCUUUGAAUUUCGUUACUUGUAGCCAGUAGGUUUUUCUCUUACUGACAGAUAAACUGGCUCCGUUGUUAUCCUUUUAGAAGGUUGGAUCCUUCAGUGUUCCCUCUUGGCAGCAUUAGGCUUAGUGGAUUACCUGUCUCAUUUUCAUUUGAGUUGUGAUGACUGUAUGGGAGGUAAUAGUGACACGUAGUCACUGUAUCCCAGAGAUUGCCCAGGUCUGGAUUGAGAGAAUAUCGUUUCACACAAAAGAUUAGAUUACUGCAGAGAGUUGCCAGCUCCAGUUUAAAAAAUCAUAAAAACAUUUAAGUGAGGUUUAUAAGUGCUCAGGUGAUGGGAGACAUUAACACAUUGGAGGACAAACAUUUUCUUAAUACCUGCAGACAUGCAGAAUCAUACGCAUUCGCUCCUAGGACUUGAAGCAAGUGGGCCGUUAUUUGAAACUCCUCCCCAUAACAAUUAGGGUAUUUGUGUAUAAAAUAUAUCUGUUAAACUCUGGUUCGGUAAGUAUAGUAAAGUAUGAAUUUAUUGACACAUUAGAAGCUGAUGGAUAUCUGAUAGUGAUAAUGUAGUAGAAAAAAAUGUUUCUAGCUUUCAGUGUCCAUAUGAUUUUCAGUAGUCAGAUGCUGAAGUCAUUGCAGUGUUUUUAACAGCCUAGCCCAAGUAGACGUUACAGAUGGCAUAGUUCUGUGUCUGUGCAUAUCUGCCUACCAUACAGAGACUGAUUUUUGUCUUGUCUUUCUUCUCUUUGCUUCUUAGUUCUUUACGUAUUCUUUCAGUAUUUAAAUUCCUAUACUGAUUUUUUUGUCAGCUUAGUUCUUUCAGACCCGUUGUCAUAGUAUACUUUGCCCCAGUAUUAAUGCCUCUGAUCCAUAUAUUUAUUUAAAUAUAGUUGUACAUACUAAUUUUCUAUUCAUUUAAAAUGUUAAUUCUCCAGAAUGAUCUUCUCAGAUUUGUGUGUUGACCAACAAAUGCACUAGUAAUUCAGUGGUAUUCUCAAAACUAUUUUCAAAAAUUAGGGAGACUAGUAGUGAAAAUUUAGCUAAGACCCUUUGAAAUGAUGGUUUUAAUGCAGAAAAGCAGUGGGGUUUGUUUUGAUGCCAAAAGGCUAGUAAUUUAAUGUAACUAUUUGAAGCUAGUCAAUUAGCAUAUAGAGGAAACAGUUGUGUUCCUUUGAUUGGAGACUGGGUUGCAUAAGAAGUAAUCUUCUGAUUACUAGCCUUGGUUGACUUAACCCAGGGAUACAAACACCUUUCCCUUGUUAAGGUUGCUUCUCUGAAUUUGAAUUAGGUAUAUUUUUGUCAAACUCCCCUGGCUGGAAAACUUCAAGCUACUUUGACUCCUAGGAGAGAAUUUAGCUAAGGUUCAGAGUAAUUAAUAGACGUUGCCAACCUGAAUUCCACACCAUUACUUACUUAGUCAUAGAAAUGUUUUAUUUAAACUUUUCUCUGCAGUUCUGGGAGUCAGGCUUUACCCCAGUGGUCUCACCUGUAAAGUAAUGUGAAAAAUUGAUGGAACUUUUGUUUGUUUCCAUCUUAACUCCUUUGUAAAAGGUGAGAUUUAGUUUUUCCUUUUGGUAAGCCCCCAUAACCACCAACCAGAACCAAUCUUUUACUCCUAAAUUACAGAAAAGGUUUGGUGUAUCUGGUCUUAACUAAUCUCAUGCACUUUGCUUUUUAGGGGAGUACCAUAUAAUUCCAGGCUGUUGGCUUAAAUCAAUAACCUUAUUUUACGUAACGACCGUUAAAUUCGGGUGCCUGGAGUCCCAGCAUGUGUGAAGAGCGGGUUGCUAGAGAAAAGCAAGUGGCUGAAGAGCAAGCCAAGACAAAGCACGGGAGUGGCACGUCUGUCCUGUGUGUCCCAGUGGUCUUGCUCUGCUCCGUGGUGGAGCAGAAGUCCCUGUGCGGUGCCUGUUGCUGUGAUAGGAGAGCCCCUCUCCCCAACAGUGAUUUCAGCAGCAGCACAAGGUGACGGGAGGUGAUUCACAGCCUGGCCGGAGACUUACAUUUAUCUUGGUACAUUUCACCCUAUUCCCUGGUGCUGGUGGAUAAAGGUGUUAAAAAAAAAAAUGCUUUUGGAUGAACUAGGUAAUUUUUCAGUGUAUCAGUGUAGCCAAAACCUCCAUAUGUGGAAUGUUCAGUAGUAGCUUUUUUUUUUGUUAUAUUUAUUGGAAAUUAAAAUUAGACUCUUUGCUGUUAUUGAAAUCUUGAAUUGGCAAAGGUGCCAAUACAUAUUCCACAAUAUAACCAGCUUUUAAAAUUUAUAUGUUUGGAUUAGUGCCUUCUGGUUGCCAGUAUUGACUCUGCUAGUUUGCACCUUUCCUUAAUAGAAAAUUCUAUUUGUUACUACUUCUGAAAUUUCAUUAUAACUAGUGAAGGAUGUUAAAAAUAUACAUUAUAUUUACAUACUUUAUAUACAGCCUUUAUUUAGGUUCAAGGAAACUAGGUAACUAUUCAUGUUGCAGCUUUAAUUAUUUUUGAUUGCUUCAUUUAUAUCCAUAAUUUAAAAGGCAAAAUUACUUAUUCUGAUGAUAUUUUAUAUCUUUCCCAUUGUGGUUAUGACAGGUAAAUCUGAGAACAGAUAGAUGACAGCUGUUCAUCUUCUAGGAGAAAAAGCUGGUCAAGGUCCAUAGAAAGCACAAAAUGGCAUUCACACGCAUGUGCACCUCCACAUGGAGAAAGCACAGGACUCGGUGUUCUGAGUAACCCACAAGUGCCAGUCAUGAGACUCACCAGUUGUUGUGAGGACCGCAGUAGUAACAGCCCUGGAUGCUGAGAGAUGGAAGUUACGGGAACUGAAUGAUAGGGGAUUCAGAGGGGUCACCUGGACGAAUCUGUCCCACCUUGGUGGAGUGGGGAGCACACAUGUUGGGAGCGAUGCAUUAUAUCCGGGCGGGGUGUGGCGCUUCGCUGAAAUAAUGUCUGGGCUCUGCUACCUUCUGUAGCUGAAGAGAUAGACACACUUCUAGGUUUGUUACGGAUGUUCUAACGCUGAAGAGCCAUUGGAAUUGUUUGUAAAUCUGAAGUCUUCAGGAGAUUACCUCUUGUCAAUAAUGCUCUAAAAAACAUGGAGAAAUUCACAUUUUAGCAGAGCACACACUACUUUGAUUUUUCAUAUGCUUCAUUUAAUAGAGGUGAAUUAACCCAAAUGUUCAGAGCAUCAAGCUAAUUCUGAGACAGGUUUGCCAAAUGCAGAGAGUCUGUACAGGACUGCUUGCCCGUCCUGUUACCCCCUGUAAGACCCCAUUAGACAAAAUCUGUGCACGUAGUGCAAGAGAAAGAAGAGAAUGUGUUUUCUUCCACUCAGUGUUGCCCUCUCCUACCCUUUGCUUUCUUCUCUGAAUAAUCCAUGUGUUUCAAGAACAAAUAAGUAUCUUUGUCUUAAAUUUUGCCCAUGUGUCAAAAGAUACAACUCCCAGAAUAAGAGAGAAGUAGCUGAUGGAUUUCCUUGUUCCUGCUCUCCUGUGUUUUGUACAAUCUUUUUAGGGAAAGACUUGGUCAGCUCUUAUGUAAAUGUCUAGAGGAAGGUGGUAGCUGGUGUGAACUGAAAAGUUCACAGUCUUCCUGCAGCAGAAAGCUAGCCAGGUGUGCACCCACAGCGUCGUUCUAGAAUCUAAAACCUGAGGCUUGGGGGAAUGAGGGGAGAAGAGCCAGAAAUGGAGGAGAAAGAAGUUUAAGGAACAUCCUUGGCUUAGCACUAUGUGAUAAUGCAAAGCAAUUAAAACCUGUUAGUCCUAUAUAUUAUGUAUUCUGUACCUUUAAAUAACGUUUGAGAAUUUAAAAUAGUUUGUAAGAACUUUAAGAAAAGAAUGUUUUUGAAGAUUUCUUUGCAGAAAUGUCUUUCAUUUAUAAUUCCAUGGAAAACUGCUUUAAUUAGCCUAGGUGCAAAGUAGUCCUUGCAGUGUAAAUAUGUAUAAGUAGAGUUUUCUGAUUCCACUGUGAGAGCUCGAACUUUGGAGUGGCAAAUAGAUCAUGGAUUUUUCUGUGGGCUUGUUAAGACACAAAAGCUUUAUUAUUUUUUAAUAAUGACUUACUACAUUAGUGUCGGAUAAUGGUGUGGAGUCUUUCCCUGCAAGCCCCACCGUGGUUGCUUCAGUUUCUAGAUUGCCAGCAAGUUCAGGAAUAGAGCAGGGACUUGCCCGUUCUUUGGGACAUCUCAUUUUCUGUGUCCAGACCUGUGUUGGCAAUCACAGAUGAACUGUGUUGUGCUUCUCAGUACUUCUUUUUUUUUCUUUUUUGAUAAGAUGGAUAUCAAAAAUAGUUGCUGUGCAAAAGUUAGUAGUCUUCUUCAAGAAGAAAACAAAUUCCUUUUCUAAUAAUAUCCUGUGAACUUGCUUCAUUCAUCCUUUAUUUUUAAGCCAAAUGCCAGCAGAAUCCUGCUGCUGCUUUUAUCGAGUAAUUUUGAUAUGUAAGUAUUAAUGAAUUUUAAAAAGAUGUCUACAUUGAAAAAUGUUUUCCCCCCAGCGUCCUGCCUGUGAUGCUCUGAGCAGACUUUCUGUAAGAGACCAGUCAGUGCCCUGGGAGUGUGUAUUGUGUAUGUGUGUCAUUUUAGUCAGUCAUUGAGGCAUUGUAGAUGAACUAUGGUUAUCAGUAAAGUUGGUGAGCAUCAAUUUAGUUAUUAGCAAGUUUUGUUGAAUUGUAUGAUUUAAAAUUUACCCUCCAUUGUCCACAGCUUUUUAAAUUUUCAGGUUUGAAUAAUUAAUUAGGUCCAUCUCCUUACACAAUGUUUUGGUUGCAAGCAGAAAGUAGAAUUUGAUAUAAACUAGGUUACUUCUAUAUUGAAAGGAAUACAAUUGAAAUAGUAGAUUUAGGUUGUUAACCAUUCAUGACAAUUUUAACUUGACUAUUCUAACCUACUGUAUACAAUCCAGUUUUUAAAAUUGUAAACAUGUAUAAUCUUGGUUUAAUGUGUUUUAAAAGUGUUAUUGUUUAAAAAAUGAAAAAAAAAAAAAGACGCACAUCUGCUGAAGAGCUGUCAGUUUUCGUUGCUGACUCUGUACGCUACACUGUUGUUCGUGUGCUGUGUGUCACUUGGCCAGCUGCUGCAUUAGCCUUCAGAAGUGUUUGGAAACUUAAGACGAACUCCAUUUCUUGCAAAGUACAUUCCUUUCUGUGGUAUUUUGUCCUGUAACUGAAGUAUAGUAAUAAUUAUUUUAUGGAAAUGUUAGCACUUCUGUACCAACUUUGAAUAAAAUGAGAAAUUUA